AUGAGUCGUGCUAAACGUACACUUGAAUUAGCUCGUUUGCAAGCUGAUCAGACAAACAACAGAGAUGCUGAAGAAAAUGAAAUAUCCUUAGACCUAAAUGAUGAUCAAAGAGUAGACGACCCAGAAAGUGAUGCAAACAAGUGUGAAAUAGAUCCAUUUCUACCCAAUGCUCCAUUGUUAAUUAAUUCAUUGGAUAAAAGUGUUGUUUAUCCAAAACGUAAUCAAAAAACAAUCCUACUAAACGAAGGGGAUCAAAUAAAUUUCGCCUGUCCUCAAAGUGAAGUUCAUUAUAAAGGAGCUGAAAUAACUAAGUCAGGUGCAAAAGAUUUAGUCGCAGCUAAAUGUAAAAAUAAUAGCUUUAAAGUGAAGAAAGAUUCAUUUGAAUGGAAACAUAUUACUUGCAAACUUAAACCCAAAGCAGCAGUUGAUCUGUCAAAUCGUCCGUGUGCUACUAACGCCCGAUACGCCAACAUAGGAUAUCUUUUAAGUGACAGGACGUUUAUACAAAUCAUCGAAAUUUGUUUUGAUACUAAACAAGAAAUUACAUUAUUUUCUAAGCACAAGGUACCAGCAUGCAUUAAUUCACGUGAUAAAUCUACUUUACGACCGACUUAUUGGCAAACAGAUUCUGGAUUUUUCACCAAAAGGUACAAUUUUCAUGAGUUAUACAAGAAAAUUAACGAAAUGCAAACUAUAAAGGGACUAUUAGGCAUAAAUGAUAAUGAUUCGAAAUUUAUGGAUAACAGCUCAUUAUAUCUGGCUAGAGGCCAUUUGGCUUCAAGAUGCGAUUUUGUUUAUGGCCCUUUCCAGGACGCUACAUUCAGAUACAUAAAUACUGCACCUCAGUGGCAAAGUUUCAACGGUGGUAAUUGGUUGAAAAUAGAAAAUGAUAUUAGAAAAUACGCUCAUAACAAGGAAGUAGAUUUGGAUGUAUGGACAGGUACUUACGAAGUAACAAAAUUACCUCACAUGAUUACUGGUCAAGACAUCAUGUUAAGUUUAUAUUCAAAUAAGGGCAAACAAGAUGUUUUUAUACCCGCUAUUUUUUGGAAAGUAGUAUAUUGUCGAACUAAUGGACAUGGAAUAGUGAUUAUUGGGGUAAAUAAUCCCUAUGAGAAAAAUACACAAAGAAACAAAUUUGUUCCAUCACUUGUUAGACAAGAAUUUUUAAGAUCUAAGUAUUCGCCCAUGUUCAAAUUUUUUAAUAAGUAUGGACACUUCACCUCAACACAACCACUGCUACAACAGUCACAAGACACCAUGGCAUCUGGAGAAGCAGCAAGGAAGGAAUUGUUGACAUGA